AUGAACGAAAAUGAGAUUUACAUUGAUCAGGCAAUAGAGAAUUAUUUGACGGAGACGAACAUUUCUGGCUUGAUUCCAGUCAUUCACAAUGAUAACUCGAUGCAAACGCAGGACAAAGUGCGGAUGGCGAUCUUCAUUCUUUUACCGGGGUUUGUGCUGCUGAUGUCGCUGGCAUACUUGGUCUUCGACUUCAGCGGCUACUUCAAAUAUCUGUUCCGCUUCUAUUGCCCCCACUGCUGCCCGAAUUCGAAAUCGAGCGCUCAAGAAUACUACGAGGAAUUCGUCGAAGAUCCCGUUUCUCGCCGGCGCAUUCAUAGACAUCACUCCGCAGAUUCCGUCUACGAUGUCAACAUGUUUAAUUUUCUUGAAACUGUCAAAUACAAAUACAGCAAUGUCUAA